AUGGCCGUACUCAACUUCACGCUAAGCGAGGAAGCCGUCGCCGCCUUCCGCGACGUCCUCGCCUGCUUGAACAAAUUCAGCGAUGAGGUCUCCCUAGAAGCCAAGAAGGACAAGUUGGUCCUCACCGCACUCAAUGCAUCCAAGUCGGCCUACUCCUGCUUCACAUUCACCACCAAUCGCUUCUGCUCCCGCUACCAGUUUGAGGGGAGUGCGCAGUACCGGGACAAGUUUUACUGCACUCUGUAUAUCAGGUCACUCGCCUCCAUCUUCAGAAGCCGCGCAGGUGGCGAUCCGCAACGUGAUCGCGAGAAAGAGAGCACGAUCGAUCGUUGUGAUGUCGCUAUUGAGGACGGCCCGGGUGUCAAGAGUCGCUUCAUUGUGAAACUAGUAUUCCGGAAUGGUGUCACAUCUACACAUCGCCUGCCGUUCGAGGUUGCGGUGCCAGUGCACGCCAAAUUCGAUCGCGAUGAAGCGAUCCAUCAUUGGACCAUCCCGUCGCGGACUUUGAGACAAUUGAUGGAACAUUUUGGUCCCGGUGUCGAGCUUCUGGACAUCAACUCAGACGGCGAACAUGUCAACUUCACAUGCUUCACGGAGAAGACGACAAACGGAGACGAGGUCCUCAAGAAACCACUACACACAUCAAUCGCCAUCGAAGUCGACGAGUUCGAAGACAUAGAAGUCGAGGAUAAGCUCCGCAUCGUUAUCAGCGUCAAGGACUUCCGAGCCAUCAUCCAGCAUGCCGGCAUCACCGGCAACCACAUCUCCGCUCGGUACUCCGACCCGGCGCGCCCGAUACUGUUCACCUACCCCGGCGACGGCAUAAGUUGCGAGUUCCUGCUGAUGACAGUCGGCGAGAAGGGCAACCCGGCCCAGAAGACGAAGAAGGGCAAGGCGAAGGGAGCUCAAGCCGCGCCGCAACAGCAGCUCGAAGCCGCGUCUAGAAGACAAAGUACCGCGCCGUCUGAGACUCCGCAGCCCCAGGAGAAGCCACCCGCGCAGAGCAUGCCGCCUCCACCGCUGUCGGCGUCUGCAUCACGGAGUGGAAUUGCCGCGCGAACUUCCCUCUUCGAUUUGCGGCCGUCACAGCGACCGCCUCCCGCAACAAUGGCUUCCCAAAGCCUUUUUGUGGAUGACCAGGACGAACAGGCGUGGGAGCCUGUCAGGUACGAAGAGGACGAUGAUCCAGACUUGGAUGCAAGACUUGGGUGGGAUCAUAGUAAUCAGCCUACCGCGUCUUCCAUGCAUCUUGACCGCAACGUCGCUGAGGAGAAUGCCGAAUUCGACCCGACUCCAGCCAGUAGCGCAGGAUUGGAGCCCACGCAGCGCCUUGACGAUGUUAGGCGCCUGGGCCUGUUCUAUCAAGGCCCGUGA